GUACUGCCAGGAUAGUUCUUGAGAAGGAAAUAUUUAUCGAACACAUCGUUAUCACUCUUCGGAGACUUUCGCUAGCACAGCGCAUCCGAACCUUCUACCACGAAGAGACAGCGCUUGCACGAAGUGCGCGCACUGAGCGUUUCAAGGCUAUCAAUCUGGUGAGCCACCCUUACAUGAUACUCGAUGGAGAAGCCGCGAAGCACGAGCAGGCUGCAAUAGAGUACCUUUGCCUCAGAAAGUCAAGACAGCAGGCUGAGAAAGACUGGCGGAGCCCCAACAAGCGUAGGAAGGCUAUCGACGUGUACCUCAAGGAGUGGUCUUUCGACCAGAGCCGACGACACUGGAACACGUAUCGCGCAGCACGCUUGUCCCGAGGCAAAGACGUUUGCCCCGCUCUCGACGUUGACUUAUACGCUGAAUGGGACGAUCGAAGUCUCAACUGUUACAAGGGUCUCACCCGUGCUCAAAGCACAAUGCUUUUGCAUAUGCGAACCUCAACCAUUGGCCUCAACGCCCAUUUACAUAAGCUCAAGCUCUCCGACACCGCAUUCUGUACCUGCUCUCGAGAUCGCCACACGGCAAAACAUCUGUUCCUCGACUGCCACCUGCUGUCUAAGGAGCGUGCCGCUCUUUCUAGAGCGGUCGGACACCUCAGCUUCAAGGACAUGCUCACCAAGGACGCCUUUGAAGCAACCCGCUGGGCCAUCAUGCACUUCGAUCUUGCUCAGUGGCGCUCGGCCAAGAGAGAGGCGCCAAAUUGGAAAGCUCCCGAAGUCAAGAAGCCGAAGAAGAAGUCGAAGAAGAGCAAGAGCCAGCCAGACAGAGGUGUCGGAGGUGCCGCGCCCCCGGGCCUAGCAGCUCCUGGUGCUGGUGGGACAACUUCCACUUAGCAUUACUCACUGUUGCAACGAU